GGGGCGGCGCUGCGCUGCGCGGGGCGGGCGCUGCGGGGCGGUCGCGGCGCUCGCUCCCCCCUGCGCGGGCCCCGGCGCGGAGCCGAGCCGUGCCGAGCCGUUCCGUGCCGAGCCGAGCCGUGCCGCGGAGUUACAUUGUUGGGACUUUGCACCAAACUCGCGCCGCCGCCGCCUCGGCUGCGCGCCCCGCCGCCGGUGCGGGGCUGAGCCUUCCUCCUCCUCCCCCUCCUCCUCCUCCCUUGGGUGUUUUUUUCUUUUUUUUUUCCUCUUUUUUUUUUUUCCCCCUCUCCCCUCCCUCCCUUCCCCCUUUCGCUUUGAUUUCGCUCCCCGCCCCUGCGCUGUGUGUUUUCCACCAAGCCCCUUGGCAUGAGUUAGGCACCAGCGAUGGACACCAAACACUUCCUGCCGCUGGAUUUCUCAAACCAAGUCAAUUCCACGUCCCUGAACUCCCCCACCAGCCGGGGGCCCAUGGCCACCCCAUCCCUCCACCCGUCCAUCGGGCCGGGCAUCGGCUCCUCGCUGGGCUCCCCGGGUCAGCUCCACUCGCCCAUCAGCACCCUGAGCUCGCCCAUCAAUGGCAUGGGGCCCCCCUUCUCCGUCAUCAGCUCCCCCAUGGGCCCGCACUCGAUGUCCGUCCCCUCCACGCCCAGCCUGGGAUUCGGCACCAGCAGCCCGCAGCUCAACUCGCCCAUGAACCCCGUCAGCAGCUCAGAAGACAUCAAGCCCCCCCUGGGGCUCAAUGGGGUCCUCAAAGUGCCAGCACAUCCCUCAGGAACGAUGGCCUCCUUCACCAAGCACAUAUGUGCCAUCUGCGGGGACAGGUCUUCAGGUAAACAUUACGGGGUGUACAGCUGCGAGGGCUGCAAAGGCUUCUUCAAGCGCACGGUGCGGAAGGACCUGACCUACACGUGCCGCGACAACAAGGACUGCUUGAUCGACAAGCGCCAGCGCAACCGCUGCCAGUACUGCCGCUACCAGAAGUGUCUUGCCAUGGGGAUGAAGCGAGAAGCUGUCCAGGAGGAGAGGCAGCGGGGGAAAGACCGCAACGAGAACGAGGUGGAGUCCACAAGUAGCGCCAACGAGGACAUGCCCGUGGAAAAAAUCUUGGAAGCUGAACUCGCCGUGGAGCCCAAGACAGAGACAUACAUUGAAGCGAACAUGGGCUUGACGCCGAGCUCGCCCAAUGACCCGGUGACGAACAUAUGCCAGGCAGCCGACAAGCAGCUCUUCACCCUGGUGGAGUGGGCCAAGAGGAUCCCCCACUUCUCCGAGCUGCCCCUGGACGACCAGGUCAUCCUGCUCCGAGCAGGGUGGAAUGAGCUCCUAAUCGCCUCCUUCUCCCACCGCUCCAUAGCCGUGAAAGACGGGAUCCUCUUAGCCACCGGGCUCCACGUGCACCGGAACAGCGCGCACAGUGCUGGCGUCGGGGCCAUCUUUGACAGAGUACUGACAGAACUCGUGUCAAAAAUGCGAGACAUGCAGAUGGACAAGACAGAGCUAGGCUGCCUGCGAGCCAUUGUCCUCUUCAACCCUGACUCGAAAGGUCUCUCCAACCCAGCUGAAGUCGAGGCGUUACGGGAGAAGGUGUACGCGUCGCUAGAGGCGUACUGCAAGCACAAAUACCCCGACCAGCCCGGGAGGUUCGCCAAGCUCCUGCUCCGGCUCCCUGCCCUCCGGUCCAUCGGCCUGAAAUGCCUGGAGCACCUCUUCUUCUUCAAGCUAAUAGGCGACACGCCGAUCGACACCUUCUUGAUGGAAAUGCUGGAAGCGCCCCAUCAAAUGACUUAGAGAACUGCUGCUGGGUCAGUCCCUCGCCCGGCCGGGGCCUCGCGGGGCUCCGUCCUCUGCUUUCUCCUCCUCCACCCCAGCCCCUUCCCUCCCUGCCCUCCCCGAUGCUGGAGGCACCGUCCGAGCUUCUCCGCGCGCUCCCCGGGGCGACCCCCCCGAAGUCCUCGCCGCCUCGCCACGUUGACCCUUGUCCGUUUGCUGUCACUGCUGCGUCUAAAGACCUGAUCCGCUGUUGCCCUGCGGUAGAUGUAGAGAAGUGGGGGACGGAGAGCUUUGCCCCGGCGCCCCGUGCCGGGUGGCGCUGCCACGGGAGCUGGGGACGGUGCCGGCCCUUUGGGCAGCGGGGGUUUGGACGAGCUGAGGGAGUGGUUCGGCUCGCCGGGUUGCAGCUGGCUAUUUUCAGAGGAUGGAGGUUGUUUUUUUUUUUUUUUUUUUGAAAAAGAGAAGAGAAAAAAAAAAAUAGAAUUCUAUUUUUGGUUUCUAACUGUUAUUAGUAGUCUCGGUAGUUACUUCGCAGAGGGAGAGGCGGCCCUUACCGUGCCCCGUGAGUGAGUCACCCGUGGCUGCGCAGAGCCUUCUCCUUUCACUUAAAAGCAGAGGAUUUGGGGUUGAGCUAAAUCCCCCCUCCAAAUACCCGGUGGCAUGGGGACGUCCUCUCCCUCUCUGCCCACCCCAGGGCACCAGGCGCUGCUGCUCUCAGGCCGGAGCUGCCCACAGACACGAGCACAGGUCCGGAGCGCUUGCUUUAAGGCUGUUUGGGACACGGCAUCGCCCUUGCUGGGGUCCUGCUGAGAACCCCUGCCCUUCCCACUGCACCCAGCAUCCCGGCACGGCCCCGCUCACCAGGCACCAUCCUGCUCAAUUUAAGGGCUGUUGUGUUGGAGCACCAGGGGCUGGUGCCUCGGCAGUGCUCCCUGUUUGGUGUUUUGGUCCUACCCUGCUCCAGGUUGGUUUUGUGUUUCUGGCUGCUGGGGUGGGCUCGACAAAGCGCCCACCACCCUGACUGCGCCCGCGUGGGGGGUUCGGGCUCGUCCAAGGGCUUGUCGAUUCAGCAGCCUUGGUGCAAAACACUGCAGGGCAACAAUUAGUGGGAGCGUUUGGUAAUUGUGGAUGUUAAUUAGUGGCGAAGCGGGAAUGGGGCUCCCCCUCCCCAGAUCUUCCCGUUUGGGCAGGGACGUGGGGCUGGGAGGUCCUGGCUGGAGGGGGAUGCCCGGCAGGGGCAGGAGAUCAGCCCGGAGCGCUGGUCCCCAUCACCUCGCCUUUCACUUUAAUCAGGUGUCCCCAGAGCCUGCCUGAGCGCGUGGGUUAAAAAAACAGAGCAGAAUGAGCCGGGAAGGCUCCUGGGGAGGGUUUUUCCCCCCGCAGCGGGACAGGACGGUCCUGAGCACAUCCCAGGGCGCUGAGAGCCAAGGAUGAGGUGCCUGCGGUUGGCUCCAGGCCCAGGGCUCCAGGCCCAGGGCUUCCCCACUGCUUUCAUGUCUGCUGUGCCCCAAAGCAACAGAGCAUUAGGUCCCAAAGAGAGGUCGGUCUCCGUUUCUCCCUGGGGGCUGUAGCUGCCCCCUCAAACAGCCGCUUUGUGCCUGCAGGGGGACGGAGCGGUGCCGGGCAGCCCCCACCUCUGCUUUGGAGGGGACACAGUUGUCACCCGCCUGUCUCGUCCCGCCUGGCGGCUCCAUCCCCUGCAGUUAAUAAGGCCAUCUCCUCGCUGAAUAAAUACUCGGGAUUUCAGGUCAUAACUUUCCCUUAGGCUGGCCUGAAGUGGCGAAUCCACAGAGGCGGGGAGGAGAAGCGUUUUGGCUCUGCUUCUCCAGCAGCCUGCAUGCCGCCGAAAAUAUUAUUAAACAGCUUCACCCUGGAAGAAUUUGCCAAGAAAACUAGGCAAGAGAAACGAAAUCUAGCAAGGGUGCCAGUAAACACGAGCAGGCUGCUCCUUGCCAGCGCAGCCCUCGCGCACGCCCGCGCGCGGUGGCCGAGGGCUGGCAGCAGGCGGGGGCGCGCACCCAGGGGGCUCGGCUGGAGCUCGACCUUGCACUAUAAUAAAGCCGAGCUGUUGUUUGUCUCCGUUGGGUAGAACCACUUUAUUUUAUUUUUUUUUUUGCUCGGUGAGUUUUUGGAAGGGGAUCCGCGAGCAGGUGCCCCCACCCCACCCCAUCCCAUCCUGGGUAGCA